CCAAUCCUCCAGGAGGCGCUGCGGCGGUGAGUCGCGGUUAAUGAGAGACGGGAAGAAGCGCAUCGAGAACCUGAAGACCGUCAAACAUGUCGAUAUUCACUCCUACUAACCAGAUCAGGCUAACUAAUGUUGCCGUGGUGAGGAUGAAGAAAGGAGGGAAGAGGUUUGAAAUAGCCUGCUACAAAAACAAAGUGAUGAGUUGGAGAUCUGGAGCGGAGAAGGAUCUUGAUGAAGUCCUGCAAACAAACACAGUGUUUGUCAAUGUGUCUAAGGGUCAGGUGGCAAAGAAAGACGACCUGUCAAGCGCUUUCGGCACAGACGACGUGACAGAAGUAUGCAAACAGAUUUUAGCUAAAGGAGAGCUACAGGUGUCAGACAAAGAGCGACAGAGUCAGCUGGAGCAGAUGUUUCGAGACAUCGCAACUAUUGUGGCAGAAAAAUGUGUGAAUCCCGAGACCAAGCGGCCCUAUACAGUGAUCCUCAUCGAGAGAGCCAUGAAGGACAUUCACUUCUCUGUGAAAGCCAACAAAAGCACUAAACAGCAGGCUCUCGAGGUCAUCAAGCAGCUGAAGCAGUCCAUUCAGAUUCAGAGAGCUCACAUGCGGCUGCGCUUCGUGCUGCCGGCCAAAGACGGGAAGAGACUGAAGGAGAAGCUCAGGCCCUUAAUAAAGACCGUUGAGAACGAGGAGUUUGAUGAUCAGCUGGAGAUGGUGUGUCUGAUAGAUCCCGGUUGUUUCCGUGACAUUGAUGAGCUGAUCCGCUGUGAGACUAAAGGGAAGGGGACGCUGGAGGUGCUCAGUCUCAAAGAUGUGGAGGAAGGAGACGAGAAACUAGAAUAACCUGCUCAUCUAACCAACAAAUUAAACUAUUGCUGACUCAUUUUA